AUGACAUUGGAAAGUAAUAGAAAAGAUCCGGCGUGGCAAUAUGCCCAUUUGGUAGAAGAGAAUAAUUUAUACAAGUUCGAGUGUAAUUUUUGUGGUAAAGUAUCAAAUGGAGGUGUUUAUCGGGUGAAACAACACCUCGUGGGAGGUUAUAGGAAUGUCACUGCUUGCCCGAAGUGUCCAGCUCAUGUAAGAGAAGAGAUUAGAGAGUUCAUGUCAAAAAAUAAGACACAAAAAGAAGAAAUGAACAUGUUGCCUGAUUUCGAUGACAUGGACAUGGAAGAUGAAGAUGGUGAUGUUGUUGAGAUCAAUGCCAAUCAACGCCGUAAGUUUACAAGUAGCAGCCAAGGAAAUUAUGAGAGUUUUGGACCAAUGAUUGAAGCCAUUGGGCAAUAUGGUCCUGGUAUGAAGCCACUAACUUACCACGAAGUGCGGGUUACCCAACUCAAAAAAGAAGUGAAACAUAUUGAAGAUUUGAUGAAGAAUCAUAAAGAGGAUUGUGCAAAAUACGGGUGUUCCAUAAUGGCUGAUGGCUGGACUGAUAAGAGAGGAAGGACAUUGAUUAACUUUUUAGUUAAUUGUCCAAGAGGAACCAUGUUUGUUGAGUCGGUUGAUGCUUCUAGCUAUUCAAAGGAUGGGCAAAAGCUAUUUAAAUUACUAGACAAGUUUGUGGAGAAAGUUGGAAAAGAGAAUGCGGUGCAAGUUAUCAUUGAUAGUGCUGCAACUAAUGUGAGGUUUUUGGAAGCCAAGUAUGAACACUUGUAUUGGACACCAUGUGCUGCUCAUUGCUUGGACUUAAUGUUAGAAGACAUUUUGAAGAUACCUAGACUGAAAAAGACAUUUGAAAGGGGUAUUGCAAUACAUGGCUAUAUUUACAACCGACUUACUUUGCUAAACAUGAUGAGGCGCUAUACAAAUUUGAAAAAUUUGAUCGAGCCUGUAAAAAGUAGAUUUGCAACCGCCUUUCUGACUUUGUCUAGGAUGCAUCAACAAAAAAACAAUUUGAGAAAGAUGGUCACCUCCGAAGACUGGACCUCAAGCAAAUGGGCAAAGGAGCCACAAGGUAAAAGAAUGGCACAAACUUUGUUGAUGUCUUCAUUUUGGAAUACUGUUGUGUUUGCCCUUAAGGUCUCGGGUCCUCUCGUCAAAGUGCUUAGAUUGGUUGAUACCGAGAAGAAACCUCCCAUGGGAUACAUUUAUGAGGCAAUGGAUAGGGCAAAAGAAUGCAUUGCAAGUUCAUUUGAUCAUAAAGAAGAGAAGUAUAAUGAAAUCUUUGAAAUUAUCGACAAAAGAUGGGAUGUCCAAUAUCUUCGGCCUUUACAUGCAGUUGCACACUUUCUUAACCCAGAAUUCUUUUACCCAAAAGCGCUGAGAGUCUUUUUGGCAAGUCUAUUGCGAUUAGGCAAAGAAAUACAAGGGCACCAGCUGAUUGGUGGGCAUCAUAUGGUUCUAAAACUCCAAACUUGCAAAACUUUUGCCAUAAAAGUCUUUAGCCUAACAUGUAGUUCAUCGGGUUGUGAACGAAAUUGGAGUGUAUUUGAACAUCUUUAUAGCAAGAAAAGAAAUAGAUUGGAACAACGUCUCAAUGAUUUAGUGUUUGUCAAAUAUAAUAGAACAUUGAGAUUUAGGUAUGACAUACGCAACACUCUUGAUCCCAUAUCUUUGCAAAAUAUUGAUGAAAGCAAUGAGUGGUUGCUUGGGAGGAUGGAUGGAGAAUCAGAUGAAGAUAAUGGACCUGUGUUUGAUGAUGAUGAUGGCUUGACGUGGGCCACUGUUGUUAGAGCUUUUGGAGUAGAAGAAAAUGAAGAGGAAGCGGGUUCAAAUGACAUAGAGGAGGAAGAUGUUGAGGAAUAUAAAUCAACUGAUGGAGAAGAAGAUGAUAGUUUGCUUGCCAUUUAUAUUCUUCAGAAAACUUACAUAGUAUCAGAGCUUCUGGUUUUGAGCUUUGGUUUGCUCAUGAUUACUUAUCAGAAAACUUACAUGGUAUCAGAGCUCACUGGUUCAUCGGGAUUCAACCUAUUGGUUCAUCCCAUCUUUGCCUUGUCUCUCUCUACUUUGACAUCUGGUUCUCUGGUCGAUCUUCUUGAGCCUGUAUCACAUUUCCUGGAGGCUGCCCGUGAGAAUUUGUCUCUUGAAAACCUCACGGUUUUAGACUCCCACAAGGCCUCCAAUUUUUACUGUGUCCCUCUUCAGGAAUUCACUCCAGAGGCUGGAAGGUAUGAUGUUAUAUGGGUUCAAUGGUGUAUUGGGCAUCUUGCAGAUGAUGAUUUUGUAUCAUUCUUUAAGAGAGCAAAGGGUGCUCUGAAGCCUGGUGGGUUGUUUGUGCUGAAGGAGAACAUUGCAAGAGCUGGUAAGGAUGGUUCUUUCUCUUGUUUUGGGGGAAAUUAAGAGGAAUCAGGCUGACCUCAACUAUCUAGUCAAAUAGUCGAAUACUGAUGAUUUCUGAAAACAAUUUGAAAUCCCAAGUAUCCUGUGAAUGCUUAAGUCUUGAGGUUAAAAAUUUUAAUGAUUAAAUAAAACCAAGCUAAGUACACAUACUGAUGAUGAUGGGUAUGGAAAGAAGAAGAAUAGCAAAUAUGGAACUUCCCAUAGACUACUCCUAGGUAGGAUCGAAUUACUUC